UAAAAGUCAAAAUACUACAUUACGUACAAAUUAAUAUGCUUUAAAUAUGUUUAGAUAUAUUUGAAACAUAUAUUGUUUUAAUACACCGAUUAGUACGGAUGUAUGCAUAUUAUUUACGUGUUUGUUUUUAUUAUUACUGUGUAACGCGCAUACACGUUACUUUGACGUUCCCGCCUGUCGGAAAACCGGAAGGAUCCGGUUAAAGCGGUUAAGAAAUGUCGCCAUCUAGCUUGUUGUAGAGGCAGCGUCAGUUAGGCCGUAUAACAAUUAGUAAAAAAAUAUCAUACUUAUAAGUAUGAGCAACCUGAGACUCAACCCUACAGCGGGAAAAAGGCUGACAUCCUCACUGGACCGUUUUGGUCAAGCUUCUUUUGAGCUUUUAUCAGACUUCCUGCGCACCCUUAACAACCAAAACAAGUCAAACCUGGAGAACGUUUCAAGUCUAUGUGGGAAUUUUAAAGACAAAAGAGUAGUCGCACAUGCUUUUCUUAUUUGUGAGGAGUUUAGACUCGACCCUUUAGUGGCUUAUCAUGCCAUUGAAAUACUAGAGAGAUUCAUGCUGAAGCACAUUGAGAAUUUAUUAUCUCAGCAGAAGAGGGAGGUGUGUAACAGUAGUGUGUGUGGGUUCGAAGGAAACUAUGAAGACCUGGUCUUUCAGAGCCUGAGAGACAAAUUCUUGCUCUUUAUCAUUUCAAGUGUGCGAAUCGCCAGUAAAGUAACCCUACACGCUAAAGUGAUUGACAACAGUUCUGCAUUGAAAUAUCUUCAGACGGUUGGUACUGACUGUCCCAAAGAGAAAAUAUUAGAAUCAGAGCUUCUCAUCUUGAAAACUUUGGACUUCAGAGUGAACGUACCAAAUCCUCUGGUAUACACAGAGACUCUGCUAGAAGUUCUUGGCCACAAUGACCCAACUACACCUGUUGCACACCUGCAUCACCUGUGCACGUAUGUCCUUCAGUUUGUUUACCUGCAGAGGAAGUCAAUCUACAGGUCGUUACUUAUGGCUGUAACUGGACGUCUCAGCCCGACUUCAGAUCAAUGGGCCAAGUUUUUGUCUGUGACUGAAGACUGCAUGCUGUUAGGGGUUGGAGUGAUUGCAGUGGCUGCUUUCAUUAACCAAACAUCUACUUGGGAGCAGGUAGUGGAGGAGCUCGCUCUGAUUACUGGUAUCUCAGCGAAGAGCAUCAUGGACUUUGCUUAUGUGACCCUUGUGCACAUCAUCAACAAGAAAGUACAAUAAUCUUCAGGAAACAUUGGAUCAGAAUGUUUAAGAAUGUUUGAUUCUGCUGUCACAGAAUUACAGAAACAACAGUGACAACUUCAAAAUGUAAACCGUAAAGAUCUCAAUGUGUAAAAGAAGCUUAAAUAUAAUUGGAUCUUUUGGUAAUAGCCAAAAAGUUUAAAUAUUGCUAGAUAAAAUUUGUACAUUUGAUACACAA